AGAUUUAGGGAGAAGGGGUGUCUCAGCUGCUGAAAUCACUUCAAGACGCACUGUAACAGAGCAAUCCUUUCCAAUUAAUUCUCAUGUUUAGCACAGUUAACACUUCAUUUUGCUACAUCUUUUGAUACGAUGAGGUUGAGUCGCCAAUUCCCUCUGCUUUUGGAGAUGUCGUAAUAAUAAUGCCAGAACAGAGCGCCAGUAUCCUCUUCACAGGAAUUUGGGAAUUCCUCAAAUUGCGGAUUUGGCUGUAAGUAGUCUGGCUAACUAUUUUACAUGACCAAUAGGCUAUUGAUAUCUAUCGAUUACUGUGAUAUGUGCAAGCAAAUAUGUUAAAGUACAUACUACAAGGUGAUGGAUAUGCAUUUUAAGACUCCCAAUCUAUCCCGAUGGAUUAUUAACAGUGCAUUUUAGCCUACCCCGUGUCGAUGUAUUCUGGACAGAUAAUGGCAACGCUUCGGACAGUGUGGGUCGCGCACUGCUCAAGGAAAUAUAUUUAGGCUAAAAGACCUGAACACAGACGUGGGUAUCAUUUAUGCGUCUGAUACUGCGACAAUAAGGAAAACAAAUAUAUAGCAUACUUUUUUUUAUCAACAUAUGAGUCGUUUUGAGACGCUAAUAUCAAUACAGCAAUGGAGAACACUGGAAUUGAAGAGGUAAACCAGACACACCAGCAGCACGAGCCCAUCAGUUUUGGAAUAGACCAGAUACUGAACAGCACUGACCAGUCCAGCAGCUGCAUGCUACCCAACCGAACCAGCGACACGGAUUACACGCUCGCCCCAAACGUUUACACCAAUGGCUAUAACAGCGUCUACAACCCGGCAUGCUCCAUGGCGGCUGGGCUCGCUGGUUCCUAUAACGUGAAUAUGAACAUGAAUGUGAGCAUGAACAUGAACGUUAACGUAAACGGAGGGAACGCCGGUGGUGUUAUCAGGGUACCAGCUCACAGACCCAUGCCACCGAAUCCGCAUCCGCCACCUCCGACCCAUCCGCCUUGCCUCGCGGCUGGCAUCCCCUCAGUGACUUCAAUGCCAAGUAUGGGAAAUGCGGCAAACUUUACCUUCCCGUGGAUGGAGAGCAGUAGAAGAUUCGCAAAGGACAGACUCACUGCGGAGCAGGCAGAGGACAGACAAGCAGGAGACCCCAGUGGGAGGCCAGGAGCCCCCUCGGCCCUGCCAGGCCUCUGCCCUCUCCCCAAGGGGGACAUCGGCAGGGUCCCUACCUGGAGCUCUAUGGAGACAUUAGCCAAACACUAUUACCCAGAACUCGCUCACCUGCGAGACACUGGCCCACUUGCAGACUAUCCCUUUCGAAAGGGUACUUGUCCAGCAGCCCUUUCGCCCUUCUCCGUGACCCGGCGCAUCGGCCACCCCUAUCAGAACCGGACACCACCCAAGAGAAAAAAGCCCCGUACCUCGUUCAGCCGAGUGCAGAUCUGCGAGCUGGAGAAACGCUUUCACCGGCAGAAGUACCUGGCGUCAGCGGAGCGCGCCACCCUGGCCAAGGCCCUGAAGAUGACGGAUGCACAGGUCAAAACCUGGUUCCAGAACAGGAGGACAAAAUGGCGGAGACAGACAGCCGAGGAGCGUGAGGCAGAGAGACAGCAGGCCAACCGUCUGAUGCUGCAGCUCCAACAGGAGGCCUUUCAGAAGACCCUGAGCCAGCCCCUGCAGCAGGACCCCCUCUGCCUGCACAACUCCUCCUUGUACGCCCUACAGAACCUACAGCCCUGGGCGGAGGACAACAAGAUCAUAUGUGGACUUCUUGGCGUGGACAGACAUACAUUUAGUUCCACUGAAAUGGACAAUGAUCAAUGAGUCUACUAAGUUUUUUCAGACCUGAUUCUGUCAAGUCAUUUUCCUACCUUACACUAGAUUUUCACUCUCCCUUCAGCUGUCUGUCUAAACAGAGGACGAAGCUAAAUCCUCACUACCAGACAACUAACAGACACAUCGGUAGAUGCCUCCCAUCAAGACUGUCCUGUUGCCAACAGGGAAGCACUGACUCUCAGCCUUACGGCAACAAAACUGGUUCCCAUUCUUUUGCUUUUGGUUUUGUACAAUGUAGUAAUGCAUGUUUCAGAUAUUUCUGUGUGCACUUGGAAUUGCCAUUGCAGUCACCAGCCUUCCAGGUGGAUCCUUUCCCUGACUGCAGUUUGCAAGUGGUAUCUCUUCGAGGAUUACUCAUAAGGUGUUUUACACCUUUUAAGGUGUUUUAUAUUAAAUGAUAUUGUGACUUUUUGAAAAGAUUAUCAAAAUUGGAAGCCUCUCUUUUGUUGUUGUUCUUUCACCAGAAAGGAUAACUGCAUAAUUUCACGCAAUCACACAGUUUCACACAUUUCCAUACCUCCUAAAGUAAGUGUCCUCUACUCUAUCAACAUAAUGUUGUUGACUAUGCCACACUUAUUGGAAUCUUUCAGUGAUUCUCUUUCAUUCCAAUAUUUCAUCCUUAUGACAACUUCAUCUCUAUAGCCAAACCAGCAGGUCAUGUUUCACAUAACACCAGAAAAGGUUAAACGUUUUGCAUAGGGUGCUGUUAUCAGUGAUGGGAGAGUUACUAUAUAUGUUAUAGUGAAACAAGGGUUUUUGUGAGACUGCUUGGAUGCUAAUGAUGCACUUAAAGUCAGACUCAAACAAUUAACCUAAUGCAACAAAUUAUCUGGGAAACGAGGCCGAGGUGGGAUGUCUUCUGAACAGUUUGUUCUAAAACCCUAGACCUUGAGGGUAGAACAGUGUCAGUGGUGUCUGUGAUCCACAAAUAUCCAUGUCUACCAAGAGACAUUGGACAGUUGUCAACAUCCGUUAUCAUCCAUGUCAAGUAAAAACAAAAAUGUCCUAUCUGGAAGCACAACACACUGCUAAUCUAGAUAGAUCUCUAGGGUGGGGCAUUGUAUAACUGCAGUUUUCUUGUUUGUAAAUGAGGCUUUACUCUCUCUACUUCACGUAGAUCACAGAUGGUUGCUGACACCAAGAAGUAGUACUAUUCCAUUGUGCAGUGUUCCCUUGUUGUACUGUUUACAAAAAGCCCAGAAAACGCCCCCUGGAACUCAGCGUUAGAAUAAUGGCAAAAUCUCACGUUCAACUACAACCAUUUUCUGGUGAUAUCAACAGCAUCAAUCCACCCAAAUUGGAGGAUCUCCAUAGUUCAAAACAACUGUCUGCCACCCUUUCUGCACGGAGACUGCAUAUUUUGUCGGUUUAGAGGGUGUCUCGCCUGGUUGAGAUCCUGUCAAUUGCAGGCAGUUGUCCAGGUGACGCCUACUCAACCCCCAUUUCCUCUGCCCAGACCAUGGGCCUCUUUCAUCCUGCUGUCUCAGAUGCCAUGAAGACGUGACUUGGCCCAUUUUACAAAAAUUCCUCAUCCUUACUGUUUUCAAAAUGGUGCAUUGUGUUUUGCUACAGGUGCUUAAAAUUGUUUUUUUUCCAAAGCUGAGUAUGUUUUUUUACCCUCUCUGCCAAAGAGCCUUAUCCGUAUCCAAUAAAAUGUCACCACACAAGAACAAGAGCAAGAGGUUCAAAGUACAUCAGACUUCCUAUCAGGUACUCUGUUUUGGAACAGGGCACCAAAACACUACUAUACAUCACAUGUUAUAACUGCCACUACCCUUUUCUAUUAAUAA